AUGUCCACCCCAGGUCCCCAUGACAUGGUGUCCUGUCCAUACAACAAGUCUCACCAGAUAGAACACUACAGGAUGCAUAUUCACCUGCAAAAGUGCAGGAAGCAACAUCCCAAUUGCAAAAAAGUGUCGUGCCCCUUCGAUUCCACACACAUUGUGAACGAUAUGGAGCUAGAUUACCAUGUCUUGCAAUGCCCGAAAAGAGAUAUGUUAGAUUCCAUACUGUACAUAACUGACAGUGAUUACCGACCGGUAGUCGAAGUGCAAACUACGACUGUGGAAAGCGAAGAGAACUGGGAUGAUCAUAGCACAACAUCUUAUGUGCCGGACCCCUCAAAGAAGGGGCCCCACAUAAUAACUAAGAUUCAAGGGGCAACCCCCUCUGAAAGGCGUAAGGCACGACAGAAGGCGAUCGCUACCUACAAACCUCGGGAA